UCGUGAAAGGAAGUUAUUGAGAGAGCAUGCGCAAACGUCGGUCACCGGCUUCCGGAGUACUUUCAGUCGAAACGAUAAACGCAGAAAUGAGUGACGGUACAAACGACAGCACUAAAAACACCUCUGACAAAACGGAAAACGAGGCUGCAGAAGCAAAGGUCCACUCUGCAAACAGCUGGGAAACAGCAGAUCUUGGGGAUGCAGACAGGAAGUCCAAGUUCUUAAGAUUGAUGGGCGCCUCAAAGAAGGAGCACCAGGGCCGAUUUGUAAUUGGAGAUCAGGAUGUUGGCGGGGCACGGGACCAGGGUGACGUGACAAGGAUGUCAUCACAGUUGGAAGAGCAGUAUCAGCAAGGAAUGGAACAUCGUCGGAUUGGCGGCCGGCGGGGACAUGUUGGUCUCGGCUUCCAUGAUGAAGAAGAGAAUAAACAGACAACAGAGACAAGCAAGGAAGACGCACAAACACAAGAAAAGGAUGAAGAAACAGGAGAGAAACAAAAUAAACCUGAAGAAUGUGAAAAGAGAAAACUAUCAGACAACACAGAGGAAAGUGAAAAUGACAAUGAAAACGAAUCACCUGCCAAAAAACCGAAAAUGAAUUUUGUAAAAUCCAGCUCAUGAAGAUACCGAAGCACAUUCAUUUCUGUGACAUCCUUUAUCAGUCUCCUUUUGAGAACGUUAUCAUUGUUACAUCAGUUGCUGUAAAGUCAUCAUGUCAUUAUGUUGUGGUUGUAAUGACCUUUUCAACAUCAUUUCCUUACAUUAAUGCUAUCUUACUGAAUCUCUUGCUUGUAGCAUCCUCAUACAUGAGGUUAGACUUUCAUUAUAACGUGUGAAAUAUCCUCGUUGGUUGGUGGAUUUCUUUUCAGAACAGACAUAUCAGAUUAAUUAUUCUUGUGGUUCAAUAUUAUGCUGUGCGAUGCUAUGGGUGAAAUGGUGAAGGAAUAUUUCUGGUCAGGUAGGAAAGCUAGCCUUUAAAGUUCGUAGCAAGUUUUAAAUUGUUUGACAGUAUAUCUUUCAGACAUAUGAUUAUGCAAAAUUAUCAAUAAUUUUUAACUUACCAAUCUUCGUAUCGGAUGUGCAAAGGUAAUAUGCACAUUACCAUGAGGUAAGGUAAGUAUUUAAAUAUCUAAAUUUAGAUUUUAAUAAUAUUAUACCCUAAUUACAAAUCAUGAGUUAAAUAUUUUGAAGAGGGUUAACUCUUAUCACACAACUUGAGCAACCUUAUAUGGUUAUAAUACCUACUAGACUGUUUAGGUUUUGGAUGUUUGUAUUGAUCUACAGACACAGGGAGAGCUGAAAGGUGUGCUGAGAGAUCCAUUGCUUGUGGGGCUAGAGAUAUUUCAGAAUCUCUACCUUGAUCAAAAUGUUGAAGGCGAGCAGACUGGCUUUUUUUUAGUACACUAGUGCAGUGUAGGUGAAGUUUAUUACAUUGUUUAAACAUGUUGUAAUGCAUUGGUGCACUUUGGUCGGAGUGACCACACCUUUAUUAUUCAACAUUCUGAAACAAUGGUGCUUUUUCCAAUUUUCAUAUAUCUAGGGUUGUAGGAAUCAGUAAACUAAUUUGUUUCAGAAGUUUUACCUAGGCAUUAGGCAGUAGAAUGAAUAGCAUCUUCCUCCAGCUUCUCUUUCUAGUUGGUGCCAGACAUCACUGCAAUUCAUCCAGUGCUCCAUGGUAGUUAGUGUAGAAUUAUGCUUUUAUACAGCAAUUGGUUUUUAUCUCUUUUUUUCAGGGUUAAUAAAGGACAUCAACUUCGAUUUUUUACCUAUGUAAGUGUGUGCAAAAUGGUAGCAUAAAUGACCAAGGUAGUUAUGUUUGUUAAGUCUGUAUCAAAGCAGGGGACAUAACUCUAACCAUACAACUCCAGCUUACUUGUUGAUAAUUCUUUGUACAAAACACAGAGUAAUUACAAAGUAUUUUUUCAUGUCAGCAUGUAAAGUGGAAUACAUCCAGGAUAAUAGUCAACUCUUAUAUUAUUAAUCUGACAAUAACUGCUCAAAUUACUAAUAUAAGUGUGGUAACAGGUCAUUAAUAUGAUACAUAAAUACUGUCAACAUGGUCAAAUCAAAUGGUCAACAAAUAUGUUAUUGUUUCACUGAAUACAAGGAAUAAUACAUCAACUGCCAAGGUGGUAUUGUAUUUGUUACCCAAGUAUUCCACCUCACAGUGGAUUCGUGCAGCCUUACAAUUUAUCAUGGGUAUGCUGCAUAAAAAAUGCAGUCACAUUCUAUAAUGCAUAAAGUGUUUAUGGACAAAGGGUGUGUUGACAUGACAGUUUGCCAUGCAGACAGCAUCUUUCUGGAAUCCUCCACGUUGUAUUGCAUGCUGCGUUUCUUUCAGUAAUAAAGCAUACAACUUUAUGGAUAACAACUUCUUGUUUAUUGCACAGAACGACGUUUUGGUGUCGUUUCUUACACCGUUUUCACGCUAAAAGUUAGCUGAAAAUGGUAUAGAUUCUUACAAAGUUAGCUUGAAAACGGUGUAGGUUCUUACAAAGUUAGCUUGAAAACGACGUAAGAAUCUACACCGAAACAUCGCUCUGUGCGACAAGGGACUGUUCAUAAUUUAUUACUUUGUGGGGGGGUGGUGGUGAUGAUUUUCAUGGAGAAGCAUGUACAAUGUGAAUGACCCCCUCUAAAAUUUAUGUACAAAGUAAGUGACCUGUGACCUGUAUGUCAUGUAGAAAAUAAAUGAAACCCCACCUCCCCCGUCCCCAUAAUUUGUAAGCAUAAUUUGUUAAUAUUUCUAUGUAGAAAAUUGCUGACCCCAACUAGUACAUGUGUACAAAAUGGAUUUAACACACACACACACCACACCACACCACACCACACCACACACCCCAUGUCUCCACAGAACAAAAUGGGUGAUCCCCCUUAAAGUCAUCAUCACCCCCGAGCCAUAAAUUAUGAACGGUCCCUAAAAAAGAAGUUGUUAUCCAUAAAGUUGUCUGCUUUAUUAUUGACUCUCCAACUUCUAGACUGCAGAACGAUGUAUUUCUUUCAUAUGUUUCACAAGUAACAUCUGAAAUAACAAUUGUGAAAUAACAAACUGCAUCAGAUAUAGUUCUCCAAUUCAUCGUCAAAAUUGAAAUACUGCUCAAGGCAUCUACAUAUUACUUAUUCCAUCACAAAGAGAUUAUCUUUCCGCAUGCACAAUAAAAGAAUUAACAUCUUGAACUCGCAAAGCUGUUGAGUUAUUCUCGUGAACUCAACUGAUGUUCAUGUGAACCGGGUCAUGUUCAGUCUGGCAAGAACGACUACAAGAAUCCUCAUCUUUUAUGGUCAACAAAUAAUUGUGAACAACAUUGCCAACGCCAUCUUUGCAAUUAUGCAUAACUCAAGUUAUAGCUUGUAUUUGUAUUGCAUUUACGAGUAUUCCAUGAUCCAGUUUUCCAAAAUGUGUCCAUGCAUUGACAUGAAUCAUUUUGACUCGGUCAGUAAACAUAUUGAAACAAUA